AUGGCAGCGAUGACGGCCGAAACUCACACCGCAAACUCCAGGGGCCAUCUCUGUAACGCUGGAGCUGGUGCUGCGGCCGGUGAGUAAAAGGUGUGGUGGGUCUGUUCUUGGAUGGAAGGAUUGCUAGUCGACUGACAGUCGGAAUUUGGUCAAUCUCACAGGCGUGAUCGCCGCCACUUUUGUAUGUCCACUGGACGUGAUCAAGACGAGGUUUCAGGUCCACGGGCUCCCCACGCUCAGCCCUGGCAACGUCAGAGGUAGGAUUCUCCUUCGUGUCGAAUGCUCUUUGGUUCGUCCUUGAUUGUUUUUCUUGGCUCUUCUGUCUGGAACCUGGAACUCUGCGGAUAUCUUGUUGAUCUUCUAGUGAGUGCAUCCGUUUCGAUCACGAAUUACUUCCUCUUUGUUCAUCGCAGCCUGGCGGCUGUACUUCAUAUAACAGGAUCGUUGCUCAAAAUCAUCGUCACGCUUUAGGAUUGAUUCCCCUUCAUAUAGAAUUUGGUUUGAGUUCAUAGGGCAAAGAGAAAAACACGCCCAUCUACUUAGAUUUUCUUUCCCAUGAUCGAGACGUAUGGUUCCUGUACUGCAUUUAUUUCUUGGUAAUCUAUAGAUUUUCUUCCUCGCCCGAGUUGACCUUGUGUAACAAUUGGAUUAUAUGAAAAUCUCAUAGCAUUUAGCGUGAUGAAGAAUGAGACGGUGGAACAUUACUCUACAUGGGUGUUAAAUUUACUUACUAUGAGGAAACUAAGAUAUUAUGAAUAAAGCUAAAUUUCCUCCUCAUGAUUACUAUUCAAUCAAAAUUUUGAGUUUGUUCUCAAAACCCUUGUCUGCAUGGCAUUAUUUUGCAAGGUUCUUCUGAAAAGAUGUGGAACCAUAGACGCUUUCAUAAAAUUGAAACGUUUAUGAAUAAAUUUACAUUUCCUUUUGUAUAAUUAUCAUUAAUGAAAGUUUUCGACUUCAUGUACUUCGGGAGUCAGAUAUAUGAAUCCCGAAUGCCAUCUUUUAGCGCAUAACUUUCUCCCCAUCUGAAUAUCGACAUGGGAUGGAAAUGCUAGUUUUAAUUGCAUAUAUAAAACCCCUUAAAUUUAUGUUCCAAGGCUUGGAGUGCUCUUUCCAUUUCGCGGGGAAACUAGGCCUUGGUAGAACUAGAAAUAAGAUGGGUCCUUUCAGAAAGAAAAUAAAAUUAAUGAAAAUAAUAUUGGGUCCAUAUAAUUUUAUCUUUCGUCUCUGUAUAAAGAGAGAAUAUUAAAUGAUGCGGCCAGGACCUGCAGGAAACCUGUAAAAGGAUGGCGAGUAGGGUCAUCUGUUAAAGUAUGGAGUCUGUUUCUUCUGAAAGAUAUCUCUAGAAAUAUCAUGACGUGUCGAAACUGAGGAGGCUGACCUGUUCUUGUGUUCUUGCGGGAUUGUUUCUCUUCUUGUCUGAUACCCUCUCUCUUCUUAUUGUCUCCUACCGCUUGAAGGGAUCAUUCCUAACACGAAGAUGGUUUUCUUCCAUCGGCUCAUCCUUGUAUGCAUUCUGAUGUAUGCAGGAAACCGAAAUGCGUGAGAUUAUUAUUUUUUUCUUCUUCUAAUGGGCCAUUAUAUCUGGGUAAAAUGCCAUCAAACUGAGAAAAAAAACUCGAUAUUUCAGCUAUCCCAUCGGUUCUGUCAUUUACUGAUACAAUUAUGAGUUUCCUUACAGAUUCUUUGAUAAAAUGAUACCAAAUCAGAUUCAUUUCAGCAGGCUGAAUUUGGCCUUGUAGUGAAGUGGUACGGUGCUUCUGAUUUGGGUUGGAGGAUACAGAACCGAUCAUCCAACUCAGUUAUUGAUAAUUUAAUAAAUCAAUGCAAAACAGAGUUUAUCCAACUCGACAAUGGAAAAGUCAUGGUUUAGAACAUAUUUAUGUUCCAUGCAUUUGCAUUAAUGAAUUAUGGCAAUCCAUAUAUACGAUCUACAUUUUUUUAAUAACUAAUUUGCUACUUGCAUAAUCUUUUUUCUACACUGUAUUCAUCGCACACCUUGGAUGAGACAAACAUCCCGCCAUGUCUCUGUAUGACAUGGUAUUUUAGGCCUCUUUGUAAUAAGAACAUGAUUCCAGAAAAUAGUUGCAAUGCAUUUUUUUUUAUCUUUGUGAUAUGCUUGUUGCAUGAACUUCUUAUCCCUAUAUCAACUUUUGCCAGAAUUUACACCAAUCUUAACUGUCGGAAGACUUAAACUUGCAAAAAAAUUCAGCAGGUAGUUCAUUUCUUCAUUUCGAAUAUACACGCAUUAUUUUGAAGAAUUUGAUCGGAAUUUACUGUGUCUCUCAUCAUUAUCUUUUCAUAUAUUUAUUUAUCUUUGGUAUCAUGAUUAGCUACAGUAAGUAUUUCUAAAACACAUCCAUAUUUAGAUCUUAGAACUCUGAUAUCUAUCUUGUUGAUCUAAUUCCGUCCAGCUCGCUGACAGUCUAACUAGUUUAACGUGAUGGUCAAACUCUAACAAUCAUUCAGAAAAAUUCUCUCUCUUCCAUGUGACAGAAACCUUCCUUCCCUAUCAAAUUUCUUUUCUUGCAUUUUUUUGGUGAACUGACGUUGAAUUACCAUAUUUUGGCAAAAGUUUACGAUCUGUUUGAUUGACGUAUUUCUUGAAUUCAUUCAAUUCGGCUCAUGAAAGUCCAAUGUUUGUGUUACAUCAGGCAGCCUCAUUAUUGGUAGCCUGGAACAAAUAUUCCUGAAGGAAGGGCUGCAUGGAAUGUACCGUGGUCUGUCUCCCACUGUGCUAGCAUUACUCCCAACCUGGGCGGUGAGUCUCUGGUCCUGCACAUGAUCCUGCCUACAUUUUCUUUCCCUGGUGACGCCGUUGACCGUUGAUUUCUAUUACAAAAGCCAAAACCCAAAAAUGCCCCAAGUGGGAGAUUUCGAUAGUAGCAACCUUUUAGUGUGAAAAGAAGAAUUUCUGUGGAGCACUGGGGAGGGGGAAUGUAUAAAAGAUAUAUUGAUGGCUGAAUAAUUAUAUAAACGCCAUUGAAAAACAUUCCAAAGGUAUUCGUGCCCCCCUUAUUCUGAUAAUAGUGGCCUUGGAGGAUAUCUAUCAUAUCUUUAUUUGUAGUUGAUAGCUAUCAGUAAAUAGUUUUCCAUCAAGGUAGCCAAUUGAGGCGGCUGUGCAGCUGAUUGAGCACCAUGUGAAGCUGUCGAAUGCUUGUCAGAGUUUGUGAGCUCGAGAAGGCUUGGAUUGACCAGCUUGGUCUUUUUUUUUUUUUUUAGGGUUUUAGAAUAUCUUGAGGAUUUACGUCCCUUCAUUCUUGUUUCAGGUUUAUUUUACUGCCUACGAGCAACUAAAAUCGUUGCUGUCCACCAACGGUCAGUUUGCAUAACCCUUUAAAAAAUUGAAUAUUUUUUCGAUUGUCAUAUGGAAAUUGAUCUGAAUUGGCCCAUCUCAUCGAGAUGGGUCAGCGCUUGGACCAGAUCAGUGCUUGUUCUUAUUCUUGGUAGAUCUUAAUAUUGAGCAGAUGGGAGCCAUCAGCUCUCCCUUGGCGCCAACAUGGCAGCUGCAUCUGCUGCUGGAGCUACAACAACAGUAUUGACUAAUCCACUGUGGGUCGUCAAGACUCGGUUCCAAGUACGUUGCUAAUAAAAUGCUCUGCGUCUUAUGAUUCUGGAGAUUAAUAUGAUCAUCAGCUCAGUCUCAACUUGACUUGAGAGAAAACAGAUCUGCGAGGGAUACAAGAACUCGUGUCUUCUCUUCUGUUGAACUCUUCAGACCAUACACGAUGAUUGAUGCAUGAAUAUUAUCCAACAUUAUGACCAUAAUUGCACAUGAAAAUUUCAUCUGCGGAAGAUCCAAGAAACCCACGUCUUCUGUCUUAAAUUGCUCAUAUAUUUGCCUCAUGGAUCUGUUAAUCUGUCGAUGGGGUUACCCUGACCCGCCUGCUAUCUCUUCUAGACCCAGGGGAUGAGACCCGGCGUGGUGCCCUACACGGGCACCCUGGCCGCUUUGAGGAGGAUAACCCGCGAGGAGGGCGUCCGAGGGCUAUACAGGUUUCUAAUGACGUUUCCUCAUUCGAUCUGGGGAGGCUCGAGAUUUCUAAAAAUGCCUACUUCGUGUUGAGCAGCGGCCUUCUCCCAGCGUUGGCCGGAAUCAGCCAUGUCGCCAUCCAGUUCCCGACCUACGAGAAGAUCAAAGUCUAUCUGGCUGAACGAGGUGACCCUUCUUCUCUCCUCCUCCUCUCUUCCUCAGACUCCUCUCCUCUUCCUCCGGCGUCUGACUGCACCCGUUGUUGCAGACAACACCACCGUCGACUCCCUCACCGCCGGCAACGUCGCCCUCGCAUCCUCCGUCUCUAAGAUCAUCGCUUCGACGUUAACAUACCCCCACGAGGUCCUCUCUCUCUCUCUCUCUCUCUCUCUCUCUACAUGUAUCCAUCUAUCUACCAAUUUUGACGAUGGGUGUCUCUUCCGGAUUGAAGGUGGUGCGCUCGAGGCUGCAGGAGCAGGGAUUCCAUUCGCCGAAGAGGUAUGAGGGGGCGGUGGACUGCAUAAAGAAGGUGUUCCGUGGAGAGGGGGUGCUGGGCUUCUACCGGGGAUACGCGACGAACCUGCUGAGGACGACCCCGACGGCGGUGAUCACCUUCACAAGCUUCGAGAUGAUCCACAGGUCCCUCAUCUCCCUGUUCCCCCCGGAGCCCCAACCCCACGCCAUCUAA